AUGGCUUCACCGUGCAGAGCAAAGCCCGCUCUUCUGAGGGGCCUCCGCCCUCUUGUCGCCACCCAACAGCAACUGGCCGCUACGCAAAAGAUCCUGUUGUCGGCUUGCUCAGAACCAUGCAUCUACUGCGAUAUCUGGAAAUUGGCAACUCUGAUCGCCUCCCAUUCUCCCCUCUCGGCUCGUUACAAUCUAACCACCGGCACACCUACCAACUCGCCGGUCUCCUCCGCACCGUCCAGCCCCGUGGCAUCUUCACCUAUUGCCCAGUCCCCAACGCCAUACGCAUCCAUCAUCUCUGCCUCCAAGAGAAUCGAAGCUCAGUUUCAGACUCAACGAUCGCAACUCAAUUCCAUCCUCAGCAUCUGCACCGUCUCCGGGGUCGAUACCACCGAAGGUCUGAGGUUGGCGCAUGACAGAGUUGCCACGGCAGUGGAAGACUUGCUCGACCAGGAAGAGGACUUGGAGGAGGAGCUGCUGCGGGAUCUCCAAGAACAGCAAUACGACUACUCGUACAACUACGGCCCACAAUAUGCAUAUUCGAGUGCUUCAGCAGUAUACGGAUACUCGCAUGAGCGAAGGCCCAGCAUGGUUCAUGUGACACACUGA